UACGUCUUUUGAUCACCCAGUUUGCGGUUCACAGCCCGCCUUUUCUCAGAUUCUUAUAUUCUAGCGCGCUCUGCGCUCGGCGGCAGUUGCCCACGUUCAGAUUGAAACAUAUUUGAACCUGCUCUUCUCCCGCCCGCUCUUUCCUCGCUUGUACGGAGAUCUUGGAAAAUAGAUUUUCGCCUUCGAGACAGUGUGAAUAUAGACUUCACCAUGUCGGCCAAGCCUAUUUUUGUGGCUACACAUCCUAGAGCCUGUUCCACGGCCUUCGAGCGGGUGUUUAUGACCCGCCGAGACACGCUUCAAUGCAUCCACGAACCGUUUGGCGAUGCCUAUUAUUUCGGUCCAGAACGACUGGCAGAGAGAUAUGAGGAUGAUGAGAAAGCUAGACUCGACAGUGGCUACUCUGAUAGCACUUACAAGACCAUCUUUGACAGAAUUGCGAAAGAGAACUCCCAGGGCAAGCGCGCCUUUAUUAAGGACAUGGCUCAAUAUUGGAUCCCACCCUCUGCCAGACCGGCCACUAUCGCACCAAGUCUUGUUAGCUACAAGCGUGGAGUGGGAACCGACCCCACCACUCUUCGAGAGGGUCCUCCCGCACCAGUCAAAUCUGAACCGCCCUACCCGUACAACACCAAGGGCGAACCGAACAAUCCCUCUGUUGUACCAGCGAAUCUCUUGGCCAACUUCCACUUUGCCUUCCUAAUCCGCCACCCACGCUCCAGCAUCCCGUCGUACUACCGUUGCACUGUCCCUCCACUUGACGAGAUCACGGGAUUCUACAACUUCAGGCCUGAUGAAGCUGGAUAUGAUGAACUUCGACGCCUGUUCGAUUACCUCCGCUCAGUGGGCCAGGUCGGUCCGCACUUCGCUGGGCAACCUGCCACUAAUGGUACUAAUGGCGUCAACGGAGUUAAUGGUGCUCACAAAGGAGUUGAAAUCUGUGUCGUCGACGCGGACGACCUCCUUGGAAACCCAUCUGGCAUCAUCGAAGCGUUCUGUCACAGCACGGGCAUCAAGUACGAGCCGGAGAUGCUGAAAUGGGACAGUGAUGAGGACCACAAAGUCGCCAAGGAGGCGUUCGAGAAAUGGAAGGGUUUCCAUGAGGAUGCCAUUAACAGCACUGAACUGAAAGCUAGAACGCACAAAAAGAUCGCCAAAAGCGAUGAACAGCUUUUCGCAGAAUGGACCGACAAAUUUGGCGAGGAGGGCGCUAAAGCCAUCCGUGAUACCGUUGAGGCCUGCGUCCCGGAUUAUGAGUACCUGAAGCAGUUUGCUAUUAAAGUGGCACCGCCUAAUUAAACGCAAAAUCCCUACCCGUGAGAUAUUCUAGCACUAUGAAACAGGUAACAAUAUCUUUGCCUGUCAAAAGCGGGUUUGGGCUGAUGUCAUGUUUCAUUGGUCCACGUUGGAUUCAGAGCUUUGACAGAUAUCAAAAUUGAUCGUUGGAGAUGGAUGUACCGUAGUGCUUUUUGCAGGC